AUGGCUGAUGUGGCCGAUGAACCAGUUGAUGACGUGGUUGAAGAAAGGGAGGACGUACCUGAAAUAUCACUCCAUGUUAUUGCAGCUUUGGGUGGGUAUGAAGUUGUGUUAGGUGCCCAUUGGUUGAGAACAUUGGGGCAUAUAUUGUGGGAUUUUGCUAACCUUGACAUGAAAUUCAAGGUGAACAGGAAAGAGGUUGCUCUCAAGAGGAUAACUACUAAACCCAAUAAAGUUAUUCAAGAUGCGAACCAGAUUAAGGUUGAUAAUGUAAGGAAUGGUCAGAAGUCCAACUCCACAUUCAGUAAGGUUGGGUGGAAUAACAUUAAAGCAGGACUAGAAGCAACUUUUCAACGUCCAUUUCAAAAAGAGCAGUUGCGUAAUAAGAUGAAUAAGCUACGAGGUGACUAUAAUAGUUUCAUGUGGUUGCUUGAAACUAUGAGAUUUGGAUGGGAUUCAAAUACCAAGACUGCUACAGCUGCAGAUUCUGUUUGGGAAAAUACCAUAAAGAGUGGACUUCCAUGGUGGCCAGAGUUGUUAGAGGUCUUCUCAGACUCAAGUGCUCGAGGAGAUAGAGGAGUAUCUCAGCAUAUUGCUGGGAAUCAAAAGUCUAUCGACAUUGAUCUUGAUUGUGAGGAUGAGAAUGAUAAACAUGAUUCUCCUAAAGAUUUAGUAGGUCUGCAUGAUAUAGAGCCUACAGAUGUUGACGAAGUGGUCAUUCGUUCUACAACAAAGCAGAAGCGUGAUAGAACUCCCACAGACCGAAGGAAGAAGAGUACAACAAAAGUCAUUACCAAAUCUGCACAUGACUUCAGCUCAUAUGUGGCCUGA